AUGAACCUUUCCCUGCUCAAAUUUGAUGGCUGUAAUAUCUCCAUCCCCACUGUCUUUCAGAAGUCUAAGGUUGAGAUUCUAAGUAUCGAUACGACUACUGGACAUGUCGGAGUAGCUAUCAAGGGCCAAGCACUCGCACCAGUCCAUGGAGGGCCCUUCCCUGUUGGUGUAAACAGAAUCAAGAUUCUCAACGGCUACCUGUAUUUCACGAACACAGCUCAUCAGUCCUUUAAUCGACUCAAUAUCGAUGACAUGGGAAACAAACUUGGCAAUUUUGAGGUUCUUACCAAACUUGAAAAGGGUUACCCUUAUGCCCCAGAUGAUGUUACCAUGGACCGACAUGGAAACGCCAACGAAGGAAAGACUUUGUAUGUUGUUACCUCUGGACAGAACAACCUGGCAGUCUCUGGUGGACAGGUAGUGGAGGUCAAGCUGUAA